AUGGCUGCUCCAUCGCAACAAACUUCUGCGAGCCACGAUCCAUCUCUAUUUGGUCACGACGAAGAGCAGAUUCGGUUGAUGGAGGAGCGUUGUAUUGUUACGGAUGAUAACGACAAUAUGCUGCGUGAUGGUAGCAAGAAAGAGUGCCAUCUGAUGGAAAACAUCAAUAAAGGGCUCCUGCACCGUGCCUUUUCGGUAUUUUUAUUCGAUUCAGAAACAGGAAAGCUGCUGCUCCAAAAGCGUGCACCGGAGAAGAUCACUUUCCCCAACAUGUGGACUAACACGUGCUGCUCCCACCCGUUGGCGGUGCGUUCAGAGAUGGACGGCAGCAACGGCGCCAAAAAUGCCGCCCAGAGAAAGCUAGAGCAUGAGCUAGGUAUCCCGGUAUCGCAGAUACCGGUGGAUUUGUUUCAGUUCCUGACACGCAUCCACUAUUUGGCGCCAAGCACGGGACCAUGGGGUGAGCAUGAGAGUACGUCAGGAUCGCGCUUAUUAGCAGUCGACUACAUCCUUUUUAUCACAACCCGUGUUGAUUUGAAUCUGAACAAGAAUGAGGUGUGCGAGGUGAAAUGGGUUUCGAUGGAUGAGCUGAGGGCUCUCAUGGAUGAACUGGAUCGUGCGUAUAAGUCCCUCACAUGA